AUGUCACUUGGCCCUGCUAAGCGUGCAUUAAUAUUGUCAAUAGUUGGAGUUAGUGGAAGUGAAGUACGUGUUCCGCCUGCCGCUAUCUACGGCGCAGCUCGCGCGGUGAAUUCGAAUGGCCUCUCACACCACACGGCGCUGAGCCCGGCCGGCGCCCGCUUGCCCACCUUAGAGCCCCCGGUCCCACCGAUUCCACCCCGUAACGCCCCAUAA